AUCAAACGAUCGGACGCCAAACUCUCGCAGACCCAUCAAAGGCCGACCCCCCCCACCCCACCGCCCCGUCGCCAUGACUUGCAGCUUCUCGGCCGAGCAGGUGGCCUGCGUCUGCGAGGUGCUCCUGCAGAGCGGCAGCAUGGAGCGCCUGGCGGCCUUCCUGCGCUCGCUCCCGGCCUGGUCGAGCCUGCAGGGCCAGGAGAGCGUGCUGAAGGCCCGUGCGGCUGUGGCCUUCCACCAGGGCCGCUUCACUGAGCUCUACAGCCUCCUGGAGAGCUUUCACUUCUCCUCCUGCAGUCACCCACUUCUGCAGCAGCUUUGGCUGCGGGCGCAUUACCUAGAGGCUGAACGACAGCGGGGGCGCCCCCUGGGGGCCGUGGGCAAGUAUCGCGUGCGGCGCAAGUUUCCCUUGCCCCGGACCAUUUGGGACGGAGAGGAGACGAGUUACUGCUUUAAGGAGAAGUCCCGCAGCAUGCUCAGGGAGUGGUAUUGCCACAAACCGUAUCCGUCGCCCCGCGAGAAGCGAGACCUAGCGGCUGCCACCGGCCUCACUGCCACACAGGUCAGCAACUGGUUCAAGAACCGGCGCCAGAGAGAUCGGGCCGCCCAGUGCCGGUAUAGGGAGGAAGAGGGGUCAGAUCGGACCCCAGGAGCAGGAUAUGCAAGUUCCGAUGAAGACCUCCCCCAUCCAGGGAGCCCAGUCACUUUGUACAGCUGCCCGCACCCCCCUUCCCAUCAGCCCCCAGUGGGCGUCCUGGGUAGAGGGCAGUUAUGAAGAUGGGAACCUCAGCAGUCUGCCACCUGAGGAGAUCCACUCAUGAUUGGAUUGUGUGCUGUUUUAGCGUCUGUAGUUAAUGCCUUUUUUAUAGUGAAUAAACGGCUUAAUGUUUGGUA